AUGACCACAACCACCUCAGAUUUCACAGAAGAAAAACCCAAUCAGUCCUAUAUUGCUCUCAUAUCAAAAGCCAUCCUGGCAUCCGAACCUAAAAAGCUUCUUCUGUGUGACAUUUACCAGUGGAUCAUGGACCAUUAUCCCUAUUUCAAAAGCAAGGACAAAAACUGGAGGAACAGUGUACGCCACAACCUGUCCCUCAACGAUUGCUUCAUCAAAGCUGGCCGGAGCGACAACGGCAAAGGCCAUUUCUGGGCCAUUCACCCGUCAAACUUCCACGAUUUCUCUAAGGGGGACUACCACUGCAGAAGAGCCCGGCGAAGGGUACGAAGGCUGGGAGCACAGGCGCCUCUCCUGCCCCCUCACCCUUCAGCUCUGUUUGGGGGCCAUCGAGCAGCCUGUUGGUGCUGCCCCCCACAAAGUCCAACCGUGACCUACCUGCCCACGAGACUUUACUGGCCAUGGCCCCAUCUGCAGCCACAUGGGAUAUUCCCACUGGUUCACACGCCUACAUCCUAG